AAAGCUGUUUUUUUUUUAAAUUACAAGGGAAUAAUAAAAACAAAUAGGAAAACAAUAACUAUAUAUUUGUGUUCUGUGUAGGAAAACAGGAAUGAAAGCACUCCUAAGACGAAUUACUUGCCUUUAAUAACAGCCAUACAUAGAAGCCAAUUAUUGAAAGUUUGACUACUAUCUGGAAAACAACAGGCGCUGCAGAGAAUCAUUGAACAGUGAAGACACAGAAAUGAACAAUCAGGUUUGUCCCUUAUUAAAAGAUCCGGAACAUUAUACGCCCGAUAUACAGGACCUUUCGAUUAAUGAGGCCGCAAGGAAUUAUUGGCUUCCCACACUUCAACAAACUGUAAAGAAAAUUGUUGCUAAAAUUUCCAAGCUGAUUCCCGAUAACCCAAAAGCCGAAGAGCAUGCCAGGCUGUGUCAGGAAAAAUUUAAUGAUCUAGUUGAGGAACUUAAGUUAGAUCCCAGGAUCCUAAGACCUUUAAGUGUAAGGACCUUGUUAGAAUUCCACGAAGAAAACUUUAGGGUGCACUUCAAAGAUGCAUGGCAAUCGCAAAAAGAGACUGAAACAAAGGAGGCACUAUGUAACUUUGCCGAUAGGAUUAAUUUUAUUGAUUCAAUAGAAGAUUUUAGUGAUAAAUGGCUGCAGUUAAUUGUAGGGGUCCUGGCCGGCAACUUUUUCGACUGGGGCUCAUCAGUCGUGGCGAAUAUGCUUGAGGGUUCACAGGGUUUCGGUUUAACACAAGCAAUGAACACCAUCGAGAGCAGACCAUGGUUUAUCGAUGACGUUGAUGCUUGGGUCAAUAGGCUUAAUACCCGAAUAUUCAAACAAGCAGUCAUAUUCGUAGAUAAUGCCGGGGUCGAUUUUAUACUGGGAAUUCUACCGUUUGUCCGGGAAUUUCUACGGAUGGGCACCAGGGUGGUACUGACAGCAAAUUCGUACCCGUCACUCAAUGACGUCACAUACGAAGAACUGAACCUGUAUUGUUGUAAGGCAGCGCAACAGUGCCACAUCCUGAAAAGUGCCAUAGCCAAUGGACAGUUGGUGACGGUCGAAAAUGGACAAAAGGGACCGUGUUUGGAUCUUAAAAAUAUCCCGUCAGAACUCUGUGACCUAAUGACAGAAUCCGACUUAAUAGUCCUAGAAGGGAUGGGCCGAUCGGUGCACACCAACUUAAAUACAGAAUUCGCCGUCGAUAGUGUCAAAUUAGCGGUACUGAAGAACGAGUGGUUAGCUAAAAGUCUUGGCGCGAAUCAGUUUAGCGUCAUAUUCAAAUACGAACCGACUAUAUAAACCAAAAUGGACGUACCUGAGCUUGUAAAAUAGUUUUAGUAUUGAAUGUUUUAUUUUAAUAAAAUAAUGGAGUUUUAUAAAAGUU